AUGCCCAGAGCGGUGAUAAGAGUCAGUAUAGCGGUCACUUUUUCAUAGGUUUCGUUUGGCAUCCAUAAACAACUAUCUUUAUUCGUAGGUGUCAUCCACUCGGGUACGAUUAAAAUUAAAAUAUCUAUUUUUUUUUUUCUAUGUCCUCGGCACGCAGUUUUCGCGGUACCUUUGCAACCGCCGGACGAAUACUUCAGUUACAGCGGUGGCAGAAGCAACGAUCGGGAUGUCAUUGAGCCACGGAUCGUGUGCCCGAACCUGUGCGGCCGCAGUUACAAACGGAUGGAACACCUCAAGCGACACAUAUCGUACGAGUGUGGUGUCGAGCCCAAGUACAAGUGUCACGUGUGCCAGCGCAAGUUCGUGUACAACUUCAGUAUGAAGAAGCACAUGGGCCUCGUGCACAAGGAGAUGAUGACGACCAGACCGUGA